CUUGCCUGAAAACUGUCUUGCGGACAGUUCGAGAUCCUGUCAUCACACUCUCUCUAUCGUGAUUCAUAUUGUCCUGUCCUGAUUCAAAAUCCGCUUAUCUUGCCCUCGACCGACUGGACAAGUAUCUCUCUCAAACCCUGAUUUCCUUCCAUACUCGAUUUCCUCUUUCCAUCAUUUCAUCAUGGCCCAAGCAACCAACCUUGAGGCCAUCUCCGACUUUCUAACAGACCAGCGGGAUGAAGCACCCACUGAUCUUCAACACAAAUUCCUCACCUUUGAAGAUCUCUGGGAGCGAAAGAUAUGGCAUCAACUCACCGACGAAUUGCUUGAAUACUUUGAACUCCCAGAAAGUGCAUCUCAAAGAUUACCCAUUUACAACACAUUCAUCGUUAGCUUUGCCGAGAAGAUCAAUCAGUUAAAGUUGGUCAAGCUAGCCCUGAGUGCCGCAGCACAAAUACAAGAUGACAACGAGCGAAGCCAAUUCCUCAAGACCCUUGCUACAAGAAUUGACCAGCCCGAAUCACAAGAUGCCUAUGUCUACGCUAUCACCGAACUCGCCAGUGUUCUUCUGCGAUUAGACGAACCGACUCAGGCCCGAGAACAACUGGACAAGGCUCAAACAACGUUAGAUAACUUUGAUUUUGUGGAAAAUGUGGUUCAUGCAGCGUUCUACAGAGUCAAUGCAGACUACUUCCAAGCCAAGGGGGAUUACACUGCAUACUACCGCAAUUCUCUGCUUUACCUCGCCUGUAUCGAGGAAUCGGAACUUUCGAGCAAACAGCAACAGCAUAGAGCAUACGACUUGGCCAUUGCCGCUUUGGUUUCAGACAACAUUUACAACUUUGGCGAAUUGUUAUUACAUCCGAUCCUCGACGCUCUCAAGCCUCCACAUUCUCAAUCGUGGCUCAGAGAUCUUCUUUUUGCCUUCAACAGAGGAGAUCUUGCAGCAUUAGAUCGACAAUCUAACAAUCUCAGCAAAGAUGCCACACUCGAUAACAAUCGUGAAUUCUUAUGGCAAAAGAUCAAUCUCGCGGCAUUGACAGAGUUGGUGUUCAAGCGCCCUCCCCACGAUCGUGCCAUGACAUUCAAGACCAUCAGCCAUGAGACCAACGUCAAGCCAGAUGAGAUCGAACACCUGAUUAUGAAGGCCUUGAGUUUGGGAUUGCUUAAAGGAAAGAUUGACCAGGUGGAAGGAAUCGCCAAAAUCAACUGGGUACAGCCCAAGGUAUUGGAACGAAGUCAGAUAGAUGGAAUGCGAUUGCGAUUGAAGGAAUGGGACAGCAAUGUCAAUGACUUGGGUCACUGGAUAGAAGGAGUUGGCAAGGAUGUGUGGGCAUCAUGAUUCCACCUUGUUGCAGAGUCCUGGCGUUGAUAAGCUGGUCACACUGCGCUUUGAUGCUUCUACUGGGUCAGCAAUGUACAAACACAGUUCUCUUGAGAGGCGCGAUAUCGGUAAAUUAGAGUCGGUGCUAGAGUUCUUUUGAGCGCACCAACUACUUGAACUGAAUCUUGAUGGUAGAGGAAGUUCGCUAGCGUUCGUUUCCGAAUCGGGAGUAGCUUGUGGGAUCUGC